GCCGCUCUGUGCGGCUUCGGCUCCGCCCCCGCUGGGUGUUUGUGGUGGGGCUGCGGAGUCGCCGAUCCCGCCGGAAGCGCCAGGACAAUGGGGACCCGGGACGACGAGUACGAUUACCUAUUCAAAGUGGUGCUCAUUGGGGACUCGGGUGUGGGGAAGAGCAAUCUGCUAUCCCGCUUCACCCGCAACGAGUUCAACCUGGAGAGCAAGAGCACCAUCGGCGUGGAGUUCGCCACCCGCAGCAUCCAGGUGGACGGCAAGACCAUCAAGGCGCAGAUCUGGGACACUGCCGGCCAGGAGCGUUACCGCGCCAUCACCUCCGCGUACUACCGCGGUGCCGUGGGUGCCCUGCUGGUGUACGACAUCGCCAAGCACCUGACCUAUGAGAACGUGGAGCGCUGGCUGAAGGAGCUGCGGGACCACGCGGACAGCAACAUCGUCAUCAUGCUGGUGGGCAACAAGAGUGACCUGCGCCACCUGCGGGCUGUGCCCACGGACGAGGCCCGCGCCUUCGCAGAAAAGAACAACCUGUCCUUCAUUGAGACCUCAGCCUUGGAUUCCACCAACGUCGAGGAAGCCUUCAAGAACAUCCUUACAGAGAUCUACCGCAUCGUGUCCCAGAAGCAGAUUGCUGACCGCGCAGCCCAUGACGAGUCCCCCGGCAACAAUGUGGUGGACAUUAGCGUGCCGCCCACCACGGACGGACAGAAGCCCAACAAGCUGCAGUGCUGCCAGAACCUGUGACCCCGGGCCUGAACCUGCGCGCGCGUGCGCGUCCUCGUCCUCCCGACCCCCUGCACUGU